AUGCAGCAACGCUCGUCCUUCUCUGCCGUCUCCUCCGCUGGCAUGUUCGAGCAUCCCCUCACCACACAGCGGGCGCAGAAGGGCGACUACGGCUUCAACGUGUUCCACAACUCCAACCCGCAGCACGGCGGCAGCUACGCCCGACACGAGCGACGCAUGCGCGAGGACGAAGUGGAAGACUUCUUGAAAUCUGUCAAGCACUGGCGGCCUGUGUACGAGGAUGUGGCUGACAGUGAUCUGGUGGAUGACGCGCAGUCGUCGUCGUCGUUGUCGACCUCCGCCUCUUCCGCGGAGCCGCCGAUGCCGAGGUUCGCGCACAUGGGCGAGGAGGCCAUCAUGCGCACCUUUCAUUUCGAAGCGUUUCGCGAGGCUUACCUUUUCAUGGGCCGGGUGUGGGCCUUCUGCUACGGCAGCGACAAGUACCCCCAUGUCACGUGGGAGGGGACCGCCAUCACGGUUUAUCUCUACUCGCCAUCCUUUCGAGGCCUCAGCAAGCGGGAGGCGCGCGUGGCGGCGUUCCUGAACGACCAGUACAACAUGAUCCGGAAGAGCAAGUGGCAGCAACGCCGCAUCGUGGACGGCAUUGUGCGAAAGACCGCUGUGGAAGAGCUGCUCGGUGAGGAAGUGGCGGCGCAUCUUGCCCACCGGGAGACGCUGCGCACAGCGCCACUGCAGGAGGUGAAGGAUGGACCGCGCAGUUGGCGCAGCGCCAACAGCGACGGCGAUGGCGCAGGUAGUUCCAUGGGAGUGCGUGACAGUUAA